CAAAUUUUAUACCAGGGUUAAAAGAAAACUACCUAGUUGGAAUUGGUGUUCUCGGAAUUAAAAUGCAAAAAAUGAUAGGCUUUCUAUUAGCCAACAUUUUUUGCAAGUCAUCAUUCGUUUUUCAUGUUUUCUUCGUUUACAUGAUGUAUUCAUCAUAUCGAAAAUGAAGAUAAACGAAAUUCUUGUUGUGCCAUCCAUUCCAGCAAUUACGUCACAUCUUCUUCAAUCUCCUCUUCUUUAUUUGGAAAAGAUGUGCGAAAACGCGGCCACAAAGCACCAACAAGCGUUCAAGCUCGGCGGAGGAUUUGCUCCUCAGGGGCCGUUGAAGUGCUUUGAUUACCGCGGUCGUCUUAAAAGAACUGGGACUGUUUGGACUGCAAGUGCACAUAUCAUAACUGCGGUCAUCGGGUCUGGUGUGUUGUCACUGGCAUGGGCUACCGCGCAGCUUGGUUGGAUCGCAGGACCGACGGUUCUGUUUCUGUUCUCAUUUGUGACUUAUUACACGUCGUGCCUUCUUGCUGCCUCUGCUACCGAUCUGGAGACUCUGUCACUGGGAAACGGAACUAUACUUAUAUGGAAGAAAAAAUCUGUAUAAAAAAAAUACAUUUUGUGUGAUAAUAUUCACGAUCACUACCAGCAAAAAAACGCAAAACCAUGAAGAAAACAACAUUCAUAAGUGUUGUAACAACAUGGAUUUUUUAUAUGUUUUGUGGAUGCUCCAGGUACACCGCCUUCGGUGACAUGGCAAUGGGAAUUUACUUAGAUAUAGCCUGUAAGUUCUUUUUUAUUAUUAAUUUGAAUUUGCAUCUAGUUUUAUUGUAUACUCAUA